AUGAACGAGUCGAGAGCCGCUCGAUAUCCGUCAGAGAGAAGAGUAGCGAUGAGAGGAAACAACUCCCUCGACCGCUCCCGCAUGUCCUAUGACUGUGUGACGGACAAGCGAAGAGCAAAGGCAAGCUGCCUCUCCAAGGUGACGCCUGCUCGCCCUCUCUUGGUGCUGCUGACGCACAAGCAUCGCGAGCAGACGAUCUCCGCGGUCCUCGCGACCGAGCAGGAGUCAUGGUGGAUGUCGAGGAUACGCGAGAUGUCGUGCAAGGAUCUCAAGAGCAUGGUCAGGAUCUCAGCGCUAGAGCAACAGCUUGUGGGCGAGCAGACCAAGAUGAAGAUGCUGGAAGAGAAGCUGAGGGCUGACAUGCUGCUGCAUGGCAAGAAGCGCUUGCCGGAGCUGACAUGGCUGUACAGGUCUGCAGGCCUGCAGGCAGAGGAGAACAAGUCGUUUGACAUGACUCAAGUGCUGAAGAUGCAGGAGGACCGUCACAAGCAAGAGAUGAAGAGGCUGCGAGAAGAGUCGCAAGGCCGCGUCGCUUGUCUCAAGGCGAGUCUGCGCUCCUUGCGCGCUAGCAAGCUGAGGGAGGUGAAGGCUUCAAACGAGUCGAUGCAGCAGGAGAUCGAGCGACUGAAAGGCCUCGAGCUCGAGGUCGAGCAGCAGACGUCAAGAGGCGACGGGCUGGAAGAAGACAAGACAAGGCUGAAUGGGAGGCUGGAGGAGAUGGAGAGAGAGAUGGAGAGCAGGAGGCAGAUAGAAACGCAGCAAGGAGAGCAGAUCGCAAGAGCUCUUCACGACCUCAACCUCUGCCGUCAGCAGGUCGAGGACCUGAGGAGCUCAAGCUUGUUGCAUGUGAUACCUCAUACUGCCUGUCUUGCUGGGCGAGAUGCGCGUGUGAAGUUGCGUGUCUGCAAGGAACAAAAGCUGGAGGAAGCGGAAGAAGCGAUGAAGGAGGUCGAACAGAAGCUACAAACAUCAGAGAGCAUGCGGGAGGUCAACGUAGAGGAGCUGGAGAAGGCGCGACAAGACAACCAGGUCUUACAGCAGAAGAAUGAGAUCUUGAGCAACGUCUUGGAGAGCUUGCAGGAGGAUAUGCGGGGGCUGCAGGUGGAGUAUGCGGAGAUGAGGGAAGGGAAAGCUGCUUCAGACGGCAAGAUUGUAGAGCUGAUAAGACAGUUUGAACAAGAGAAAGAUGAGUAUGCUGAGGCGAUGGAAGAGAGACUGAAGGUGACGUGCAAGGAAGCAUGA